GGAAAGCGCCGUCUGACCAUUUGGCUGCGAUGCUGGACCGCAGAAAUCUGCGACCGCAGUUUGAUGUCUUCUUGGAGGCUGUACUGGAGCAUUGCAAGAAAAUGUUCCACAGCUGGAAAUCUGCAGAUAUUUGGGAAUCCCUUCCUUGUGAAGUACUCUUCCCCUUCACACAAGCAAACAUUAGCGUCCACCUGUGUCAAACUAAACAAUGGAUUCAAGGUCAACACGGUGGUCACUAUCAUUAUGUGCGGUGGUUCGAGUUUAUUGAACGAGAAACUACCGGAGCCGAUUAUCAAAGCGGGCACUGGAAGUACGGUACCGAUGGCAGGCGAUUGAGUAAAGCAGAGCAGAAGGAGGCCAGAAAAAGAUAUAAAGAAUACAUGAACCCUCUCAAGGCUAAGCGAGAUGCAGAAGCCCUGGAGCCAACGUACGAGGGCAGUAGUAGUGGCAUGUGA